AUGGAAGAAAAAAAUCAAAUGAAGACAAAUAAUGAUGGUAAGGAAUUUCAUUUACCAAAAUUUGACUGAAAUUGUAAUAAAAAAAUAAACAUUUAACAAUAUGUCAUUUCAGAAAAUAAUGUUACUCUUAAAAAUAUAGUUCCUCUGAUAAAAGAUUUAUUUCAUAUACAUGAAAAGGUUGGAGAAGGAACUUUCAGUUCUGUGUUUUUAGCCACUCUAAAAUUAUCUGAUGGUUCUAAAAAAUUUGCAUUGAAGUAUUUAGUUCCUACUAGACAUCCUGAAAAAAUUGAGCGAGAAUUACAAUGCAUGCAACGAAUAGGGAAUAUGUGCAAGAUAUGACUGUACAAGAAACAAAAGAUUAUAUGAUUGCAUUAUUAACUGCAUUACGAAGGGUCCAUAAAUUUAAUAUUAUACAUAGAGAUGUUAAACCUAGUAAUUUUUUAUAUGAUAGACACAACAAAAGAUACUUGUUGGUUGAUUUUGGGUUGGCUCAAGAAUAUGUAGUAGAAAAAAAAUCUAACAAUCUUAAAUUACUUAAUUCUGAAGCACAAGUUACUAAACGGAAAAGAUCAGAUGAAAACAGUUUAAAUGUUUCUUUUGAUAUAAGAAAAAAAAAUAUAGAAGAGAAAUGUUACUGCUUUGGUAAAGCAAAAGUUUGUUCAUUAUGUAUAUCAAGAUCAGAACAGACAGCUCCAAGAGCUGGAACACCAGGUUUCCGUGCUCCUGAAGUUUUACUAAAACAUCCUUCCCAAACGCCAGCAGUUGAUAUUUGGGCAAGCGGAGUAAUGAUGUUAUGUAUUCUUAGUGGUACUCAACCAUUCUUUCAUUCUCCAAAUGACUGUACUGCUUUAGCAGAAAUAACAACUAUAUUUGGAUCAAAUAAAAUGCAACAGUGUGCACGCAAAUUAGGCAUCAUUGGACACUCAGUUUCCAAAAGAAGCAUACCAUUUUGUAUUAGGAUUAUUGGAUUUGGACUAUAAAACACGUCUUACUGCGAAUCAAGCUUUAAAUCAUCCAUUUUUGAAAUUGCCAUUAAAGAUUCAAAGUUUUCAAGUGCAGAGCAUUCUGGAUUUAAGAGAUUUAUAAAUGGCCGAACUACUUCCAUUAUUCUUUGUCCAGGAAAUGCAACUUCUGGAUUUAUCGUAAUCCCUAAUCGCGCAAGAGCUUGCGAUGCUUGUUUUUUUCCUUUAUCCGUGCCAUCUAAAGCCAAUGGAUUAAUUAAAAAUCUUCUACAAGCUUCAGCCAAUUUUUUCGUUGCUCCCUCAGCAAAUGGUCUUAUUGUAGCAUCUGUACCACCUGAACUACCUAAUUUACACAAUCCUACUAAAGCACGCACUCUGAUGGAGUCAUCUUUAGAUUGGUACAGCUUUUUUAAUAUAUUCACGCCUUGA